CGCUGUCAUUUCAACAUGGCUGACGAAGAAGACUUAUCAUCGGAGCAGACGGAACAAUUGCUGCAUUUCCAGGACCUCACUGGGAUUGAUGACAUGGGAAGAUGUCGACAGAUCCUAGAAAGACACAGAUGGGAUAUUGAGGCUGCUGUCCAGGACACAUUCAAUGAACAAGAGGGGGCCCCAGCUGUGUUCAACCAGCCACAAGCAGAACCCAGGCAGCCCGCUAUGAACCUCUCACCCUCAGAUCAGAGGGUGUUCACUGUGGAACGACGCAGACCCCAAGGCAUCUUCCAGUGGGGAUAUUUUGUCAUCCUCUUCCCCUUCAGAUUUGUCUACUCAACCGUAUAUGAUCUCAUGAAGUUUGUGUAUCGCUUGAUAAAACCAGACCCUCGGAGAAAUGUAACAGACCCACUUGGAGACGUUGAAAGAUUCAUACAGUCAUAUAGGGACAAGUUUGGGAACAGUCAUCCUGUGUUUUACCGGGGCUCGUAUAGUCAGGCACUGAAUGAUGCAAAACGUGAGCUCAAGUUUCUGCUGGUUUAUCUCCAUGGUGAAGACCAUCAGGACACAGAUGAGUUCUGCAGAGUGACAUUAGCAGCAACGGAGGUUACAGAUUUUGUGAAUGGCCGUCUUCUGUUCUGGGCUUGUAGCACUAACAGUCCUGAGGGAUAUAGAGUUUCUCAAGCCCUGAAGGAGAAUACCUACCCCUUCUUGUGUCUGAUAGUCCUCCGAGACAACAGAAUGACGGUGGUAGCUCGCAUUGAAGGUCCACUGGAGUCAAGGGAGAUGGUGAAUCGUCUUGAGCGUGUGAUGGAGGAUAAUGAGGCCUCGCUCGUGGCUGCAAGAGCAGACAGAGAGGCUUUGAACUUCAACCAGACAUUACGACAGGAGCAGGACGUGGCCUAUCAAGUUUCUCUCCGAGCAGAUCAGGAAAAGGAGAGGAAGAAGAGAGAAGAGCAAGAAAAAAGAGAGGCAGAAGAACAGAAAAUCAAAGACCAAGAACAGGAACAAUUAAGGCUAUUAGAAGAAAAAGAGCGCCAAAAGGAGGAACUUCGGCAGGGGAUGCCUGCAGAGCCGUCACUUGAUGACAGUGAAGCAAUCCGCAUCAUCCUGAGGGUACCUAGUGGUGUACGACUGGAGAGACGCUUCCUCAAGACACACUCCAUGAAGUUUCUCUACUACUUUGUGUUUUGCAAUGAACAAUGUCCAGAUGACUUUCAAAUUGUGACAAACUUUCCUCGAAGGACAUUACCCUGCCAACCCACCGAGGAAACCCCCGAGCCAAAGACAUUCGCGGAAUUUGGACUUGGCAAGUCUGAAAUGUUGUUUGUCCAUGAUAACGAGGCUUGAUGCUCAACAUGUGUAGGAACUGGUAUCUACUUGAGUACAUCACAGGGGAGGGGAACUGGGAACGAUGUACAGAUGGCCUGAUGAGGAGGCUGCCAGGAGGACAUGGAGCAAGACUGUAAAAGUUGUGGCAUGAGAAAUCACUUUCAGAGAAGAAACAUCUAGAUUGCUGAUCAUGUAUGUCUUACACAUCUGUGAGAGGUCAUAUGAAGCUUAGGACUCUUAAGGUUUGGGUCAAGGUACUGGCUGCUGCUUCUCAACACAUUUCAUGAUGGACUCAUGUUGUACAAGAGUGGCUGAGGGUUAGGAACGCUAUGUAAUAAAUGUGGAAUUACAACUUGUGAGCAGUGUGAUAAAAGGUUGAAACAGAUUUUUAUAACAUAAUAUAUAUGAACUAAUAUAAAAGACUGACUAGACUUUGUAAUGACUAGGAGUUUCCACUUCUUGGGCACAGAUUUCUGAACAUGAUGGGCGGUAUACAGAAGCACGAGCAAGCUUACUGCUCUAGUUUCCUGACAUGACCCGCCAUCUGUUAGAAAUCUGAGAAGGGUUGUUCUUGAUCAAGUCUCCAUAUUGUGUUCUAUGAAUGUGAUAAUGAAGUUAAAAUAGUGAUACCCACAUCUUGGUUACCAUGGUUACGAUGAAUGUUUCCCAGCAUCAGCUGCAUGUUGCCGUGGUUAUUACUGGUUACCAUGGUUGGUAGCAGCUUAUUAUUGACAUAGAGUGAAAUAUUUAAUAGCUGUUGUUUCCAGGAGUAGGCAUAUAUUUACUGAAGGUAGAAAACGAUUUUGUAUCAGUGUUUUAGAAUGUAGAAUUGUACCAAUAUCUGGAUUUUUGAUAUGGUGGACCAGAUUUUGUUUUUCACAACAAAUGGGCAUUUUAAAUAUCAAACCCGUGUUCAGUGUUAGCACUUGUAGAAUCAUGAAAUCAGAUCCUUGUUCUUUUUAUAUUUUGCAGUAGUCUGAAAAUUCUGAACUCUUAUGGUCAUAUGACAGCCAUUGGUGAAUGAUAUGAAUUACAUAACUCUGUGAGGGUCACAUACAUGAUAAAAGGGAUGUUUUAAAGAUUUACUGGCCCAGAUAUCUUGAUAACAAACUAAGUCAGUUAUAGUCAAUUCCACAUGUACUACAGUAUUCCAUUCAACUUGAACGUGUCCUCACCAUAAUAAGUUUAUGGUACACUGUGGGGGGAAGGAUUCCAAAUCAACCUGGAAGACUCUCUGGACAGUGCAUGUUUUGUUUGAAGCAUACAUGAUUGUGCAUGCAUGUUCAUACACACUCCGUUACAGUUGACAUUGUUACUGCAUUUGUAUUACAGCAAGACCAAUAUGACCAUUUUCUCAGUGUAUAAUCAUGGUGGUAUGACUUAAGCCUGCAAAAUAGAACUCUGGAACAUGUGGAAGCACAGUGAAGUGAUUUCUUCUUUAUUUACAAUUGCUGCAAACAUUAAGGCUAUAUCCAUGCAGCAUUCAAGAUUUAAUCCUGUUUGACACCAGUGGCAUUUUUAGCUAUUGUGGAAACAAAGACAUUGCAAAUGUGCAAUACUUUAAUGUUAUUCAUCUUGAAACAUCUCUGCGAGGACUGAAUGAAUGGACAUUAUUUAUAUUGUUAAUGUAUAUUCCUAGUAAAUCUUUCUCUCAAUAACAUACUCAGUCAAACAUUUUUGAAACCAUUUUGACAAAAGAAGCCUCUUUGCCUGGAAGUUUAUUUGAAGUUUCUAAACAUUUUCAUUAUUUGCAUGUUUACCCCAUGAAGGGAUAGCUGCCAGUUUCAGUAACUUGAGUAAUGAAAGUAUGUACAUUCAUACAUACAAGAAUAUGCAUGUAUUAUAUGAAUUGUAUUUGAUCUGAAUUAUUCAUACAUGCUACAGCUCUCAUUUUUUCACGUUCAUUGGGACUUAGUGGAAAAGUAUGGUGACUUGUGUCAAAUCUGUAUGUGUUUGUCAUGCAUUGCAACAAUCAAAAUUAGUUUGGCUGCUAAAUGGCCUCAUGCAGAGUUUGUAAGUUGUAGUGACUCCAAAAAACAGGUCAAACAAACUCUAUCUGACCAAUGGAUAGUGUCCCAAUUCUAUCAAAUUUCGUUUGUAUUUAAGUUGUGAAAAUAAUAUCGUUUUUUUUAUAUAAUGUUAUAUGAAAAUGAUCACAUUUCACGUAGUACUUAUGAAGAUUAUGUUUGGUUUAUUUAUUGCGAAGGAGUUUUAUCACACGUUUUCUAAAUGCAAUUAAUUUCUAGUUUUCUGCAUAUAAUUAAAUCAUGUCAUCAUUUUCCUCAGUUUAUGUUCAAGGGAAAGCUGCAUUUGUUAUCCAUGCUUCAGGGAAUGAGAUCUUCUCAUCAUUGAGGCUUUGUCAAUAACUUGUAAAUUUUGUAAUAAAUUUUAAAAAGAAGAA